CCUCUUCCUUCACUUCUCUCUGCGAAGACAGCAACAGAUCAAGAUGAAGACGUUUAUUCCCGUUGCGCUCCUCGCGCUCUCUAAUGUGGGCUCAGGAUGUCUUCUCCCCCACGAGCGAGACGAGGCUAGUGGAUUGAAGCCUCUUGUCCGCCGUCAGGGCAGCAACGGAGCCCCUAUCGGCACAGGCGAUAGAUUCAGUGGUGGCGCAACUGCACCACGAGGGUUGGGAACUCAGUCGUCGUCCACUUCAAUCGGCACGAUUCUCAGCGCCAAGGAGGUUUUAAGCGGUCUGCAGGGCCUCGUUAACACGUACGGAAUCGAGACAUUCAACACUCCGUACAAGACGGCCCAGGGCGCAACUGUCGUCGGCGCCAAGGUCGGCGGCACUGGAGGCAGCUGCACUGAUGCCUACCGCGUCUUCCUCAAUGGCAACAUCCACGCUCGAGAGCGCGGUGCUGCCGACAGCGUUCUGUACUUCAUCUCUGAUUUGCUGUACGCCAACAAGAACAAUGUCGGACUCACAUAUGGAUCCAAGACAUACACCAACGCUCAGGUAAAGACGGCUUUGGCUGCGGGGAUUGUCUUCAUCCCACUGAGCAACCCCGAUGGAGUGGCCUAUGACCAGUCAACAAACAGCUGCUGGCGCAAGAACCGCAACUCCAACUCGGGCCAAUCUCCCGGAGUUGAUCUGAACCGCAACUUCGACUUCCUCUGGGACUUCAAAAAUCUGUUUGCCUCUUCGGCGCAGUCAAGCGUGGGCUCAACUUCUCCUAGCUCUGAGACUUACCACGGAACCAGUGCCUUCUCUGAGCCUGAGACCAAGAACAUCAAGUGGGUCAUGGACACAUACUCCAAGAUUCGCUGGUUCAUCGACCUUCACUCGUAUGCCGGCGACGUCCUGUGGAACUGGGGCAGCGACGAGAACCAAUCUUCGUAUCCCACCAUGAACUUCCUCAACGGCACUUAUAGCAAAGUCCGCGGUAUCCUCACCGACACUCCCUCUCCCGGCAAGGGCUAUGGCGAGUACCUCCCACAGGCAGACUCUGACACCAAGAUCUCUGUGGCCAAACGAGUUGCCUCGGCCAUGACCUCGGGUGGUGGCAAAUCCUACACUGCUUUCCAGUCGGCCAAUCUGUAUCCCACAUCAGGAGCCAGCGACGACUACGCAUAUUCACGACACUUUGCUGACCCCACCAAGAAUCUCAUCCACUCUUACACCGUCGAAUUUGGUUUCGCCAAUAACGCUGCGUCGUGCCCAUUCUACCCCACAGUUGCGUCGUUCAACUCCAAUCUCAGGGCAACAAGCGCUGGUUUCAUGGAGUUUUUGUUGGCAGCUACUGACGCUGGUCUUGGAGAUGCAACGACAUGCUAAAUCAGAGGCAAUUGCGCGGCGUUGGUAGGCUUGGUCGGUGAUGAAUGGGAUGGAGGCUGGUUAGGCACAUAUGACGGGACACGGGAUAGGCCAUCACAAAACCCUAAAAAAGGGCUACUACUAUAUAUUUAGUAGAGCUCAGUAAAAUUAACGCUUUAACUGU